CCAGCAGGGGGCCGUAAUGCUCCAUCCUACUUUCAAACUGCAAGGAAGAAGCGUGUCGCUCACUGUCUUGUUCGUUGCUGCAUUUUCAGAAAGAAGACGAAGGCAGACCUCGCUGUAUGAUUAUAACAAUAAAAUACAAUGGCGCUUGAAUCGCGGAUUACACAGGAGGAAAUAAAAAAGGAGCCCGAGAAACCUAUCGACCGGGAAAAGACUUGCCCCCUUCUACUGAGAGUAUUUACUACCAACAGUGGGCGACACCACAGAGCAGAUGAAUUUGCUCGGGGCAAUGUGCCCUCCAGUGAACUCCAAAUAUACACAUGGAUGGAUGCUACAUUGAAAGAGCUAACUAGUUUAGUAAAGGAAGUGUAUCCAGAAGCCAGGAAAAAGGGGACCCACUUCAGUUUUGCCAUUGUCUUCCCUGAUCCUAGAGCAAAGAUGUACAAGUUGAAGGAGAUCGGCAGCACUAUGUCUGGAAGGAAGGGCCUAGAUGACUCCAUGACUCUGCAAUCUCAGCGUUUCCAGAUCGGAGACUACUUGGAUAUAGCCAUCACACCACCAAACAGAGCACCACCCCUCAGCACGCGCAUGAGGCCCUUCUGAAUACACUCAUACACAUCAGUGUGUUCCCACAGAGUGAUGGAUCUGAUUUGUUUUUUUUUCAGUUAUCUUAAAUUGCUUUCCCUCAUUUUAUAAAACUUGGUGUUUAAUAAAGCUGUUUUUUUUUU